GGAAAUAGAGCACCAGAAAGCCUAUUUGCGCACGCGCGCCCGUUCUUCUUCCUUUCCGACACUCGAGCGAAAAGAGACAAGAUGGGCCAUCAGCAGCUCUAUUGGAGUCACCCCAGAAAAUUCGGACAGGGAUCCCGCUCCUGCCGAGUGUGCUCUAACAGACAUGGCUUGAUCCGUAAAUACGGGAUCAACAUGUGUCGCCAGUGCUUCAGGCAGUACGCUAAAGACAUCGGCUUCGUUAAGCUGGACUAAGAUGUCUUGUGCUGACGUCCUCGGAUGGGUCAAGUUGUCAGAAGUCUGGCCAUGAUGGGAUAAUUAAUCAUUGCAAAUAAAUUUUUUGUCCAAUUUGA